AUGUCCAGUCUUCACGAACUCGUUCAUCGACAGCGACCAGGACCAUGGCAAAAAUUCCGGGCCCAGCCUUACGUCUUUCUCGCACGAAUGCUUUACAGUUGGCAUGAACCUCUUCCAGCCAUGCCUCUCACAAGUUCUGUUGCAAUUGUCUGUAUCUCCGAUACUCAUAACACCCAAACCGGCGUUCCAGAUGGAGAUAUCCUUAUACAUGCUGGUGAUCUCACACAAUCUGGGUCUUUCCAGGAACUCCAGGACGCGCUCGACUGGCUACGCGCCCUGCCUCAUCCUAUCAAAAUCGUGAUUGCUGGCAAUCAUGAGCUAUUACUUGAUUCAGCAUGGGAUGAUUCAUUAGGUCGAGCAGCCUCUGAGCGAACUCAGCUCGACUGGGGCGAUAUUAUCUACCUGGAAAAUGAUGAAGUAACAAUUUCCUGCCCGAAUGGUCGUCAACUUAGGGUCUACGGGAGUCCUUACUCUACCCAGCACGGCAAUUGGGCCUUUCAAUACCCUCGAAAUCAGGAUGUAUGGGCUGGCUUAGUACCAGAUGGAAUUGACGUGCUUAUUACUCAUGGUCCGCCACUUGCUCAUCUUGAUCUACUCAUGGGUUGUCCUCAUCUUCUACUGACGCUAUGGAGAGUUCGACCCAGGCUGCAUGUCUUUGGUCAUGUGCAUGAGGGUUCAGGAACCGACUUAAUGUUGUUUAAUGGACUCCAGGAGGCGUACGAGCGCACUGUCGCUGCUAGAGGGGGCUUUAGAAAUCUUUUGCUUACGGCGUGGGAAUUAGCAACGGCAUGUCUCCGUCCGGCCGUGGAAGCAAAAUGUUUACUCGUAAAUCCAUCCAUCGUUGGGGGCUUGCGGGACAAUGAACGGAGGCAACCCGUCAAAGUCUUUAUUUGA